UUCCAUCCGAACGUGACGGCAGAGUGUACACGCGCGCCAUGUUAAGGGGACACAAAGGUGCAGAUUCUCCCGCCUGAAGGCGCAUUACAGGGAUUAAGCGACAUUUUGCUGAGAGAAAAGGCAGACGAAAUGAUAAGAAGCAAGCGGACCGGUUGACUCCUGUCGCGAUGCCGUUUCCAUUCACCAACCAAGCUCCCAUAGCCCAGCAGACCACCAGACACUAUGGGAUCACCUCUGCCAUCAGCUUGGCGCUGCCUAAAGAGGCUGACUUGGUUCAGACCCAGAGGCUGAUAGAGACCAUGAAACCCUAUGGCGUUUUUGAGGAGGAUCUGGAACUGCAGCACAGGAUAAUGGUUCUGGGUAAAUUAAACACACUGGUAAAAGAGUGGAUUAAAGAAAUCAGUGAACAAAAGAAUUUACCUGCAUCAGUAACAGAAGAGGUUGGAGGCAAGAUCUUCACUUUUGGCUCCUAUCGCUUAGGGGUGCACACUAAAGGUGCUGAUAUUGAUGCCCUCUGUGUAGCACCCCGGCAUGUUGAGAGAUCAGACUUUUUCUCCUCUUUCUAUGAGAAACUGAAAGAGCAAGAGGAGGUUAAAGACCUCCGGGCUGUAGAGGAGGCAUUUGUCCCUGUCAUCAAACUGUCCUUUGAUGGAAUUGAGAUUGAUAUACUGUUUGCCCGGUUAGCAUUGCAAAUCAUCCCUGAAAAUCUGGAUCUUCGGGAUGAUGCACUGCUGAAGAACUUGGACAUCCGCUGCAUAAGGAGUCUUAAUGGCUGCAGAGUUACAGAUGAGAUUCUUCACCUUGUGCCCAACAUUGAGAACUUCAGGCUCACUUUGAGAGCCAUCAAGCUGUGGGCUAAACGCCAUAACAUUUACUCUAACAUCCUGGGCUUCCUUGGUGGUGUUUCCUGGGCCAUGUUGGUAGCAAGGACAUGCCAGCUCUACCCCAAUGCUGUAGCGUCCACCCUUGUGCACAAAUUUUUCCUGGUCUUCUCUAAGUGGGAAUGGCCAAACCCAGUUCUGCUAAAGCAGCCAGAGGACUGUAAUCUCAACCUACCAGUCUGGGACCCCAGGGUUACUCCAAGUGACCGUUACCAUCUAAUGCCCAUCAUCACCCCGGCGUACCCCCAGCAGAACUCCACCUACAACGUGUCUGCCUCCACACGAGCCAUCAUGGUGGAUGAGUUCAAACAGGGCCUUGCCAUCACUGAUGAAAUAUUGCAGAAUAAAGCAGAGUGGUCCAAACUAUUUGAAGCACCAAACUUCUUUCAGAAAUACAAGCAUUACAUUGUGUUGCUAGCAGGCGCUCCAACAGAGAAGCAGCACCUCGAAUGGGUUGGCCUAGUAGAGUCGAAGAUCAGGAUCCUGGUGGGAAAUCUAGAGAAAAAUGAGUUCAUUACUCUGGCCCAUGUCAAUCCACAGUCCUUCCCAGGCCCAAAGGAAGCCAACGACAAAGAGGAGCACAGCACAAUGUGGGUGAUUGGUAUUGUCUUUAAGAAGAUAGAGGGGUCUGAAACCCGGAACAUAGACCUUACCUUCGACAUCCAGUCUUUCACUGACACUGUCUACAGACAGGCAAUUAGCAGCAAGAUGUUUGAGCAGGAGAUGAAACUCUCCGCCAUGCACGUGAAGAAGAAACAGCUUCACCAGCUGCUGCCUAAUCUCAAACGCAGAAAGCAUUCCACUGACGGGCUUCGCCAGAUGAAUGACAGCAAUCUUGACCUGUCUAUUGACAGCGACAACAGCAUGUCUGUUCCCUCUCCUACGGCCGUGCCCUCUUCCACCCCAAAUAAGGGUUGCACACUGGGUCAUCCUCAUAGCCCUGUUGGGGCCAGUCCUGGACCUGCCACUGUCUCCCACAUAGAGGCCACAGGAGAGGCGGAAGGAGCCAAGCCUACAGUGACCCGCCAACGCUCUAUCACUGCCACAGUGCCGCCUAGCCAGACGCCCCCUCCCACCAUGGGCCCCCCUGCCACGAAGAGACAAGGCUCUCCCACCUCAGAGACACCAACCAAGAAGUCAAGAUCUGACAAGGACUUGAGCCCAGAGGAAAACAGCACAUGUGUUGAUAGCAAGACACCGCCUCACACCGUGGGACAGUCAUCCACCAAGAGACCAUGCUCUCCCCUGUUGGAUGAGCCAGCCAAGAAGUUCAGAGCUGAUCAGGACUCGUCCGGAGAUGCUAACAUCACAUGCAAUGAGGGGUCCAUUACGGGUUCCCCCACCAGUAACAGCCCGCCUCACUCCGUGAGUCCUCCAGCCACGAAGAGACCGGACUCUCCUCAGUCGGAUGCACCAGCCAACAAGUUAAAAGGCGAUCAGUUGACUGAGAACAAUGGGGAACAACUUAAGGGGGUGUCCACUGCCGACCUGUCUGAUGUGCCUGUUGUCCCCAAAAGCCCCAUUGCCUUGGUGAAGAACUCCAUCAAGCUUCGCCUGAGCAGGUAGAAGGAGAGAGCCACGUUAAUUAAUCGUGUCACCCCUCUUAGUCUCUCCCCCUUCUUUAAUAGACGUCCUCACAUAUACACGGUGGUAUUCACGGAUGGCCCCUUUGUAAGGCAGACUGACUGUCACAGGAAGCGAGGGCUGGAUGAAUGCCCUCUCUGUAUGAAACACAGCAGUCACCACAAGAGGGCAAUGAAGACUUUCUGCUGGUCUCUGCCUCAACCGCAGCGGGGUAGAAGUUAAGCAAAUACACUGUUCAAAGACCAAUUCACUUGAUGAAAAUCCAAAUCUGGCGCCAGAUGAGCGUUAAAGAAGCAUUGUUAUUUUUAGUAAUCCCUUCCUUCACAAAUGGCUGGCUCUUCGAGGAAAGGAAGAAUGAUGGUGCCCCUGUGUUGAUGUCAUGUGGUAGGAGUGCACCCCAGUGUGAGUUUGUGUUUUUGAUUGCUCAGUUCUCCCUUCUCAUUGUAUUGAUUUGGAGACCAGAUAAUGGCGACAAUGUUCUGCUUAACGAUGUUGUGAUUUCUUUGUGAGGAUGAUCUGAUAAUGACUGAUUGAUCUUCGAUGAUUCUGAGACAUACAUGUUGCUGUUAUGAGGUAACUUUCCUGAAAGCACUAUAAAGCACUAAAACCGGAUACUAUUUUGUCAACUGACCUCUGUGAACUCUGCACAAUAAUGCUUUUAGGUAAUUUACUGUAAUCCAUAAAAUAUAAUUCAUGACAGGAUAAAAACAAACAUUGGUAAGUGUUCAGUAUAAUUUUUUUUUUUUUUUUUAAACUUUUUAUGUUUGUUCAUUUGUGUAUCUUUUUGGAUGAAGGGGAAGGUAGCGAGUAAACUCAAGGUUUGAGUGCACCAAAAAUCUCACCAUGUCUAACACUAUUAAUGGAACUAGCUCAGGUUCGAGUAAACAACUGACCAAAAUGGUGCUCACAUCUGUGGAGACAAAAUAGCACAGACUCCAGGACCAGACAGUAAGAUGGACCUCGUGCUUUUUAGUAUCUGCUGUCUAGUUUUACGUCUUGCUGUCCUACAGACCUGUACCACGGUGUUUUGAAAAGCAUCAUAAAAGGAAGGUAGAUGAGUGUUUAGCAAGAUAGUUUGUUUUACAUGUUAUGCUAAGCAUGUUCCAGCUAGUUUCACAUUUUCUUGUGGUUUGAGUAGAUUGUCACCUUCAUCAUUUAGUUUGUUGAUGUUUUUGUUUGUUUUUUGUUUUCUUCAUCAAGUACUUCUUUGACUCUGUUCUCUAACAAACGAGUAAAAUAAUUCCACCAUGCACACUAGCGGCAGGUCAUCACAGAUUAAUGACAUCAACCAGGCAACAGACAUCUUUGAUGCUUCUGGCCUGUUACAGGUUCCCCAUCAACAGGAAGACCCUGUAAUCAUAGUCUCAUCAAUACUCUGAUUAUUUCAAAUGGUUGCUGAGUGCUGGCAGAAGAAGGAAUUAGUAGUGUUGACCGGUCCAUGACCUUUCAAGUACACAUCCAUUGUACAGUAACUUUGUGUCCUGUCUUGUACAUUAUGAAAAAGAGAAUUUAAAAAGAAUACUUUUGUGUGGAAUAUCAGACUUGAGCUUUAGCUUUGGUGGAUUUUUGAAUGUGGCAUUAAUGAUGUGAUUUGUAUUACAGAAAAAAAAAUGUGAUAUAUAAGUUUUGUGAACAAAAACUUUUUUUUUUUUUUUUCAUUUGGUUGCUUGGUCACAUAACAUUUGGAACUGAAGGACUAUAUAAGAGGUUGAGACUAUAGCUUGGUUUAGUCACAAGCUUACUUUUAUUCAUUGUAUUGAAAGUCUAAAGGUGUACGGAGUUUUCACUUCUAAAUAUUUUGUUGAUGUAUCUCAACAUUUUUGACUUUGAAUUGUUUGUGCUAAAAACGUAGAAUGUGUUAAAGUGAAGCUGAACUAAGACCACUCAUCUUAUGGUGCAUAAAUCUAACUGUAUAGAUCACUUUUUCAAUGAAGUAUUCUCUUGUUCUUACAAUGCUCCUUUUCAGUUCAACUUUUCUUAGGCUUAUUUGUAAGGAUGAGGUAUUGUACAUUUUCACAAAUAAAAGGUCUACGAUAUUGCAAA